AUGAAUUUUAUGUAUGUUAAGGAAGCGGGGAAAGAUAAACAAGCCGGUGGAUUUAUGUCUUUUCCCAUUUUGCUAAAUGAACUAACUAGUUUUGAAGGAGAAUUAGUUUCGCCCAACCAUAAAUAUGUGGAACCAUUAGUUAAUGAGUUAUUAACACAAAUAUUACAAAUAAACGAACCCGAUUUAGACAAACACUUGAAAUUUAUUGAUACUGUUAAACAAAAUAACUUUUAUGAUUGCGGAGUAGCCAUAAUCGCCAUAAUCCAGCGAAUAAUUGAGAGAUAUGAAACUGAAUAUGAUAUUUCUGAUAAUGAAUUGAGUGUGGUAGAAUUAGGAGAGUUUGAUUUUCCCCAAGAACGAAAAGAAUUGCGAGAAAGAUAUAUUAUAGAAAUAACUGGGAAUGAUGAACCGAUAAUAAAGAAAACGAAAGCAAAUAUAUUUGCGAUAAAUGCCUUUAUGUUUUAUUUCACGAAGACAAAAAUGACAAUUUAUACAGAGAAAUAUAAUCAAAAGCGGAAACCUCACGGAAAAAAAAAUAUUCUAACUGAAAAGAAAUUUUUAGAAGAGGAAUUAAAAAGUAUUGAAACUGUAAUUCAAUGUCAAACUCGCAAGAAUGAAAUUAAAGAAAGGUUAAGGGAACUAGAAGAAUUUUUGUUUUUGGUUCAUAUUCAAAUGACAAAAGAAUGA